GCACCACCGCUUGCUCACAAAGACGUCAGAAGGCUUCCUAAGGAGAUUACACCCACCCCCCACGUAACCCAUAAGUCCAUAAGAAGCUCCGAGCAGGUACAGGGCAUACAUGGCGCGCGGGAAAGCCGGGUACAGUGUUAGUCUGUUACGAGUGGAGCUACCGUGUGCGCCGGGCAAGGAACAUGCCAAGCUCAAAGAUGUAUGAGUUUCGUCCUUGCCGGGCCCCAAUGAGGCGGGACCGGGCUACACAUGUGCAACGAGAGGUCCCCGAGAUUACGAUCGCACUGCUGUUUUGCGCCGUCGCCCCUCGCGAGCAGUUUUACUUGAAUCCAUUACAAGUUGCGUUGUCAAGUAGAAUUAAAGGCAUUCCGCUGCUGGUAGCGGUGCCGCUCUCAACGUGACUUAGGUGAAGAUAAAGUCCUCGGAGCGACCUCGGGAGUGUGAACGUUGGUGCAUUCGUUCAGCAGCGUUGUGUGGUCUCUGGCCGUGAGAAAGGGUACCGAUAAUCGAAUUGCGGCCGAAUUCAGGGCUUACUUGGGGUUCGAAGAUCCUCCGCUGCUGUACCACUGAACACAGCACUUGUCGAAAUGGAUUCUGCAACAACGUCGGCGAGCCCAGCGGCGGCAGAGGUGGCGCGAAAUGCUAAGCGCUCACUCGCACAGAAGCUUCACAGGGCCGAGGAGGCGCUAUUGCCAGUGUUCGCUGCCGGCGCGACGGGCGGCCUCAUCGAGGGCGUAUGCGUCCAGCCCUUGGAGUUCCUAAAAACCCGGCUACAGCUUAACCAAGGCACACCGGUGCCUAUGGGUGUGGUGCUGCGCGACGCAGUGCGCGAGGGCGGCAUUGCGCAGCUGUACCGUGGCGCUCUGCCGGAGUUAACAGGCAUGAUUCCUCGCUCCACGGGCGCCCUAGCGUCCCUGGAGUUCUCCAAGCGCUACCUGCGGCAGCACGCGCCAGACCCCGUCACCGGCAAGCUGCAGGCAAGCCACGCGUACUUGGCGGGCGCGGUCAGCGGUGUGUGCGAGAGCCUGGGCUUCGCGCCGUUCCAGGUCAUCAAGGUCCGCAUGGUGGCUCAGGAGCACCUCAACCGCUACACCAGCUCCUUCGACUGCGCGCGGCAGCUGCUGCAGGCGGAGGGCCCCAAGGGCUUGUUCAUCGGGCUUGGGCCCACGCUGUGGCGUGUGACCACUUGGAACACACUUUACUACGGGACCAUGCACAACAUCCAGACGGAGGUCUUCGACCAGCACCCGCUGUCCAACCCCGUCCUGGCGGCGGCGCGCAAGAUGGCUACCGGCAUGGUGGUGGGCAUGACGGCCACCAUCUUCAACGCGCCCUUUGACGUCAUCAAGUCCCGCUUCCAGAGCCAGGAGCGCGGCCCCAACCAGAAGUACCGCUACACGCUGCCGUCGCUGGUGACGAUCAUCCGCGAGGAGGGCGUGCGCGCGCUGUACAAGGGCUUCCUGCCCAAGGCGCUGCUGCUGGGCAUCGGCCAAACCAUCGGCUACAUGGUGUUCAGCGAGGCGCUGGGCUUCUACAGCCAGGCGCUCAAGCCGAGCGCUGCCAGCGCCGCGGCGGAGGGCGAGGCUGCCGACGGCGACGCCUGAAGGAGCCGGGGGCGGGGCUGCGGCUGCGGCUGAAGGAUGGCUGCGGCGAAGGUGAAGGUGGGGCCGGCGUAUGCACAGCAGGAGUGCAAAACAGCAGAGCGCAAGAGCAGUGGCGCCCGGCGGCACGCGGCAGCGGCUGUACGGACAAGCAGCCGGAGUGGAGCGUACAGCGGAGCGGAAUGCUGCAGAAGAGCAGAGGGCUUAUUUGUAGCGGUUGCUUCUAGCCGCAUUACAAUUGUGAGGAAGCUGGUGAGGUGCUAAUUCGUGUGCGCCAUCGCGCGCCUUCGAUAUUACAAUCUCGCGAAGAUUUGCACUGUGUGAUGCACAGUUUGCUGCAAAGGGAGGACGUAGGAUGAACAUGCAUACAGUGCUCGGCGCUGUCGCUGCACCCCGACAGCGCUCGAGAGAGGUUGAAGAUGCUCGGAGGCAGCGCAAGGGGCGGCGGAAGCCCGAUGCUGAGGAAGGCAAGCUGCGAAGGGACCGCCGCCCUUCACCGCAUCAGGAGCACGCCCCUCGGGGUCAUGCCUGCAACGGCAGGAACAGAAAGUGCUGGCGUCAGGAGUUCGCCGCCUGAACGAAGUAGUGUAUGUGAAAGAGACUGGCAGGGGCGAAGGAUUAUUUCUGGGCCGUGGCAAUGAGCCUACUGGUGUUGCGGCCCACGACGGAUUGUAUUAACACGUGUGAUCCCUAGCGCCAUCUUGACGCAGGAUCGCGGGAAGUAAGAUUGCUUCGCUGAUGAAUUGUGUUACAGUCUUGAUUGUUUAUCCAGUGCUGAUGAGGGUGUCAAUGAGUGCAAUACUUUCAGGCAUCGGGGUCGGGAACUGGCCAAGUCAUGCUGGAAGGCUGUCUGCCCAGGACAAAGGAAGGUGCUGGGCUUGGGAGUGGCUGGGCUUAGAGCUGUGUGUGACCAGGGCGUUGACAACUUGACACACAGCCGACACUUCGGCACUAGUGUUGUGCAGGCUCAUUCGCGUGGACUCAGUCGCAGGCAUUGACAUGUCUGCGUGCCAUUCUGGGCGGCAAAGAACCGUGUGUGUGCAGUGACUGAAGGGGCACUGGGGCAGCCAGUUCUGGGUGGUAUGCUGCCGCUGGACGCUGGUUUGACACGGCAGGGCCACGGCGCGGCUUGGGAAGCCUUGGUUAUGGACUGAUGGCAAGCCGUGCUCGAGGGAAUUAGAGACGAUGACCCGUUCAAUUGCAUGGAUACCGGUCUUGCAGUGAUGCUGGAAAGCACCAUCGUGAAAUAAAAAUGCAGAAUAAGACGUCUAGAGGCGAGUUGGCUGGCGCACGUGGUCAUGCUCACACCUUGACUCGCCCGUACAUGCAGCCAAAAGAGGUGUGUAACUAAGCCCAAAG